GCGAUUCUCCGGCACUCGUUGGUGUUCAGCGCAUGUGCAGCCGGAUGUGGGUCAUUAUCAGCAACAGCAUCGUGGUUUAUGGACGGCUAAGUGAGUGUUUGUCUCAGUUUAUGUGGCGUUUGUAGCUUCCAACAGCGAAAAAUGAGUGAAAGUGGCGCCGAAGCGGCUCCUGCUGCGGCCAAAGAGCUGCUGGCGCUGAAUCCUGCACAGGAGUCCGACUUCAGAAAGAAGGUUCAGGAGGUGAAGAAGAAGAAAUCAGGCAAGGCAAACCGUCUGACCCCAGGAGUGAUUUACGUCAGCCACCUGCCCCGAAACCUGGUGGAGCCUCAGCUCAAAUCUUACUUCGGUCAGUUUGGGAAGAUCCUGCGGCUGCGGCUGUCCCGCAGUAAGAAGACUGGUAACAGCAAAGGUUACGCUUUCAUCGAGUUUGACUGCGAUGAAGUGGCGAAGAUCGUUGCAGAGACGAUGAAUAAUUACCUGAUGGGAGAGAGACUCAUCAAAUGUCAGGUGUUUCCUCCCGAGAAGGUGCACGAGAAGCUGUUUGUCGGCUCGGAGCGAGGGUUCAAAAAGCCGACGUAUCCCGCGGUAACGCGUUACAACAAGAAGCACACGGAGGAGGAAAUUGCAAAAAUGACCGGCAAGCUGCUGCGCAAAGAGUCGAGGCUCCGAAAGAGGAUCGCAGCAUACGGCAUCGAGUACGAAUUCCCCGGAUUCGCGGCUCAGGUUCCUAAGAAGAAGUCAUCCUCCGAUGCGGGGAACGUAUCUUCGUGCACUGACGACAGCACACCUGUCUGCACACCCUCUUUCCUCGAGAGAAGGAAGUCCACGGCGGCGGAAAAUGAUGCUGAUGAUGAGAUCAUCAUCAAGAUGCCAGCUGUAGACAAAGAGGAAGACUCUGAGGAGGAAGACUCUGAGGAGGAAGAGGAAGAAGGGAGUGACGAUGAGGAGGAAGAGGGAAGUUGGACCUUCGGUGUGGAGCACUUCUCUGUAACAAUAUGA